AGCAAAUAAAUUGUAAAAUAAUGGAAGCAUACUAGUCAAACUGUGUAAUUUUAUCAAAAUUUAAAAUAUCAGUGUAAUAGCACGUUUGUUAUCUCGUGUCAUGUAAAAGUAGAAUUAAGGAAUAGUAUUCGAUUAAAACGGUUUACCUCGCUGAUUAGCCAAGUGUGAACUAACAAAUAAGUUACCAAAGAUAAAGUUUCAAUUGAAUUAACCACAACAAUGGUUCACUUUUGCAAAUUAUGUCAGCUGCUCCAUAAAAAUAUGGACUAUAUCGAAUGCGACGAGAGCAAUGUCUGGUUGUUGGAAAAUGUUUUCAAGCUGAAAAUUGUACCCAUUAAUGGAAGGGUGGAACCUAUUUGCCAGAAAUGCAUUGACCGGUACAAUAAGGUGAUGCGACGGAAACGUAAGGCCAACGGUGGAUUUCCGAUUUCACAGAAUGAAAUCUUUCCGAUCACGACGACGACGACGGUUACCUCGUCUCAGCUGGUUAUUGCUGGCUCAAUGAUGAACGGUAUUGUUCAGGGUCAGCUGCAAGAACCACAGACUGCUUUGGCCACGGCGUCUCAGCUGCAGGAGGAGGAUGCUGCCAGGAAAGCUUCGAUAAUGACGUCUAAUAGCUUUCAGCUUAAUAUUACGGGUGCUGCGGCAGUGUACCGAACGGUUGGCAAAGAGGAACACGGAAGUUCCGAUGAGGAGAGUUCGGCUGAAAAGAGCAGCGAUAUAGAUGAUGACGACGAGGACGAUGAUGUUGAUGAGGAAAGCAGUGGUUCUAGUGACUGUUGCAGCGACGGGUCUGGCGAUAGCAGUUCUAGUUAUAGCACUACCAGUAGCAGUGAGGAGAGUUCCUCCGAAACACGAACUAGUUUGACGUUGGAAAAAUGGAUUGGCGAAGUUCGAAACGAAACGGCAAACGAAGUGAAUUCGACUAGUUUUGACAUGGAAGAUCAAGCCUUGCUGGAGAAAUCCAGUGAAGUUACAGAGGAAAGUCUGGUAGAGCAAAUGCAAGAGGACAUGGAACAAUCGUUGGAGGAUGUCAAAGGAGCAACAAAAUCAAGUAGAAAAAGCAGAAAAAAGUUGGAAAGUAUGGAGCAUUCGUGCGAAAUUUGUGACAAAAAAUUUUCAAAAGCAGUAUAUCUGAAGGUUCACAUGCGGGUUCAUACCGGUGAGAAACCAUUUGCUUGUGAAGUUUGCUUCAAAAGCUUCACACAAGCGUCGAGUUUGAACACACAUCGCCGGUUACACACCAAUAUUCGUCCCUUUACCUGCCAGGUAUGUGGCGCGGAAUACAAUAGCUCAGGGAACUUCAAAGUUCACUUGCGCACCCAUACUUUGGAGAAACCAUACAAUUGCAGUUAUUGUGAAAAAACAUUCAACCAACUUUCCUCGAAGAAGUUGCAUGAAAGGGUUCACAGCAAUGAGAAACCAUACGUGUGUCAGGUUUGCAUGAAAGCUUUCACCAGUAUAAGCAAUUUAUACGUUCAUUCUCGAAUCCAUAACAAGGAACGGCCCUACGCAUGCGAGCAAUGUGACAAACGCUUUGCCCAAUCACAAACACUCAAAACACAUAUACUGUCGAAGCACACGGAAAAUCGCCCUUUUAAAUGUGAUAUUUGUCCUAGAUCCUACGCGACGUUAUCUAAUUUAAAAACCCACAAAAACUGCCACCUGUUCGUGAAACCAUUCGUAUGUGACGAGUGUGGCGGUCGCUUCACACAGAAAAGUUCCCUCAAGACUCACAUCUUGUCACAUCGAAGCGACAAGGGUCACCGAUGCGAUAAGUGUGGCAAAACUUAUUCGACGCCUGGCAAUUUGGCCACUCAUCAGAAGACCGUUAAUUGCGAAAAGAGCACCAAUCCAACGGUUGUCCACCAUUGUGAAGCGUGUCAGAAAACGUUCAAAACAGAGGUACGCUAUUUGAAGCACAUGAAGGCAAUGCAUGAGAAGGAUUUAAACGGUCCGGCACCAACGCCAGCUAUGGAACCCGGCAACGAACUACCGGUAGUCGUCUGCGAAGGUAACCCGGAUUCGCUGAAGGAGAUCCUAUCGGACAGUUUGGACGUGCUGUCGUCGGCACUGGUGACCGAAUUCGAAGACCACUUUGCUGCACACAAUUUCUAAUGAAAUCGAGUCAACAAUUGUGUGCUAUUUUACGCAAUGCCAUUGGGUGUAAUCUUCCGGGGGAGACCCGUGGCAAAAUGAACCAUUUCCCGGUGGAAAAAAAUCUAAAUCUAACCUAAAAUAUUACAAUAAACAUAAAUUAUUCAAUCGAAAA